UCUCAUCUAUUCAUUCUAGGAGAGAAGGAGAAGGAGAAGGAGAAGAAGAAGAAGAAGAUGGGCAUGAAAGUGAUGUUGGCCUUUCUUUGUGCUUUGUUUCUCUGCUUAUCAACGCUGCCUACCCACUCUGCAUACUACUACACUCAGAAAUUACAAGAUAGUUCAACGAAGGAAAAAGUGACUCAUCUUCACUUCUUUCUACAUGAUACACUCAGUGGCAAGGACCCAAGUGCAGUCUUGGUUGCCCAAUCCAACAACACCAAUGAUCAUCACAAGUCUGCAACACCAUUUGGAAGUGUAUACGCCAUUGAUGAUCUUUUAACAGAAGGACCUGAAUUGUCAUCUAAUGUGAUCGGUAAUGCACAAGGUCUUUAUGCCUCAACUGAUAAAGAUACUUUGUCAAUUGUUAUGUAUAUUGAUUUUGGAUUCACAAGUGGGAAGUUCAAUGGAAGCUCUUUCAGUGUCUUUUCAAGGAAUCCAGUACUGGAUACGGGUGUUAGGGAAGUAGCAAUUGUCGGUGGUAGAAAGAAGUUUAGGAUGGCUAGAGGUUUUGCUGAGCUUAAGACCCAGUAUUUUAAUGGCACUAAUGGAGAUGCUAUUAUUGAGUAUGAUGUUACUUUGUUCCAUCACUGAAUUUAAAUAUAGAAGAAAGAAUGGAGGUAAUAGGUUGAGAAGGGUCAUUGGGAUCCCUCUCUGUGUCUCUCUUUUGGGUGUUGUUCAUGUUCUAUGUUCACGCCAAAACCAGUGAGUAAUAAUAAAGUGUUUUUCUCCCCUUGACU